CGCGCCUGCAAUUUUUUUUACGCAGUCCUGCUUACUAGGUACUCGCGUAUAUAAUCAAUCACGAUGAUGGUGUUGCUCAUCAUGCGUGAACCUCAGACACCACAUAGUUUUGUCUUCCCUUACCCACGAGAGAGACAACCCUGAAGCAGUCAGUGCAACCGAGGCCAUCGGCUCGCAUCCACGAUACCAAUACCAUGCUUUCUUAGUGCCAUCGAACCACGCUGGCCCGGCCGAGCUUGUUGCGAGUAUGUCGCCGACGCCGAUGCCGACAUUGCCCGUUGCGCCCGCCACUCACUGCUCGUCUGGGUGGAACUGCAGUACAUGGCAUGUGUGUGCAACCAUGGUACGAAGAUUGCACGGCACCUGCGUACACGUUGUGGCUGAAUGGACCAUGUGCGCUGAAUGCUGCAGCAAUCCAUUUGGAAGGAGAAGGCGAGUCUGGAAAGUCGUCGUCGAGCCCGUUCGAGGUGGCCCGAUGGAAAGCGCGCAAUUCUUGGUGUCUCCUCCGAUCCCGCCGUCCUACGCUCACACAUUCGGCGGGCAUGGAGGGGUGGACGAUUGCUUAUUCGGCCUAGUGAUGUCGGAUCAAACUGGGCGCUUCUCGCCUAUCGCGAACGUCUGCACUGACGACGCUGGAAAAGCUUCUAUGCCACCCUCUGCAGACAUGCAUGUGCCUCGCCCAUUUCUUUUGCCGUGGUCGUCGUGCUCGCCGAGUCGCGGGCAGGAGCUCUAUGUUCGGCGGAUUGGCGCCCAUUCCUGCUGACGAGACCCGAUCUAGCUUGUGCAAGCAAUGUGGCACGCGACGGCGAUGUGUCAGACAUGGCG